UAGUAGGAUACGAUAUUGUUUACAAAAGCAACCAUUAAAUUUUUUAAAGCUAUACUAUACUAACGCUAUCUUAUUUGGCAGAUCUUCUAGAUCUAAUUAAAACCAACCAUUGUGUUUGAAAAAUAUAUAGAUCUAGAUUCUAGAUCUAUGUUUGAUUGCAAAUGGCUCAUCUUUUUGUUGACGAGUCACUAGAAACAGUCGAAAUAAAGUCAUCUUGGAAGAAGGAAAGAUCAGUUGCCUAUGGCAGUAGUCAGACAAGAGAUAUACAUACAGCUGAUUCUGAAGUUCAGUCAUAUGAAGCAACAAGUCAGAAGGUCCAGACUGACCUUAGCAGUGACUUUGGUUUUAUGAACUUAGAUGACUCUGAAAAUAAAGCUCUUGCUGCCUUUUUACUUCAUGUGGAACCACUAGUGGUAAAAUGUCUCUCAAGAAACCUGAAAAGUAGAGCAUUUGAUGGUAUAAGUGACCCAAAUGACAAGGUAUCUGAGGCUGUAACUUGUGUGCACACAUUGAGUAAAACAGAUUAUAACAAGCAGUUUCAGGUGACAAGUCUUUCAUGGAAUUCUACCGGAUCAACUCUUUCAGCAACUUAUGGGAGAUUUGAUCAUGAAGACUGGUGUACACACGCAGGUUCAUUAUGCACAUGGAAUUUAGACAGGCGCUCAAUAAAUGAAGAAAAGCCAGACUUAGUAAUUGACUCACCUUGUUGUGUUAUGUGUGCAGAAUUUCACCCAGUCAACCCAGCUUGGAUAGCAGGAGGAAACUUCAAUGGGGAGAUAAUUUUGUGGGAUUUGAGCCUAGAAGAUGAUCUAGUUUUAGCAACAUCAGGCAUAGGAGAUGAUGCACACAGGGAACCAGUGAAUAAGAUAUACUGGGUCAAGGGUCAGUCAUCAAAAAAGAAGGAUUACAAUAUUGUAAGUGUCAGUGGCGAUGGAAAGAUUUUGAUCUGGAAGGUUGAUAUGAAAAGAGGAAAACUAAAGCUCUAUAAAGGCUUUGUCCUGAUGUCACAAGACCUCCCGAGGGCAAUGAAAGUGAAGGGAGUCAGGGGAGAUAAAGAGAUUGGUGUGACAAGUAUUUCCUUCAGCCAUGAAGACCCAGACUUAUUUGUUUUAGGCUCAGAGAGUGGCUGUGUAUUUAAAUGCAACAUGCAUGCUAAGGGGAGGCCAGCAGGAAGCCAUGUUGUUUCUUCUGUACCACUUUGUUCUCCUGUGACCUUCUCCUACAGCCCCCAUCAUGGACCAGUUCAUUCUGUUGAUUGUUCAAAAUUUCACCGCAACGCUUUCUUGAGCGCAGGCAUGGAUCAGAGUCUCCAUUUAUACAAUUUAUUACAGAAUCAACCUAUUUUGACAAUAGAGCCAGGUGAUGGUUAUUUGUAUUCAGCAAAGUGGUCACCAACACGUCCUGCAGUGCUAGCAGUCAUUAGUGAGAGGGGGCACUUAAUUCUCUAUGAUCUACUUCAUGGCCAAAUUGUACCAGCUUUUAAGCUACAGGCUAGUCCCAAUAUGGUACCUGUUUAUAGUUUGCAGUUUAACUUACAACAAAAGCAGAUUCUUGCAACUGGUGAUGGAGAGGGCUACAUAAGGGUUUUCAGACUUGGUGAAACUUUAACAUCUAUGAGCAGCCGUGAAAAUGAGGUUUUAGAGGAAAUCAUGAAUACAAGUGCUGAGUAACUAAAAGGAUGUUUUAACAAACAAAUGAUAAUAGAAAGAAGUUUCAGGGGAAGUUAUAGUAUUUUUUAACCUAUGGUGUAAUUGUUUUUCAAAAAAAUAAUUUUUGUUAACUACAGUGUUUUAAUUUUUAGUUGUUACUAGAAUUUUAAUUUGAAAUAAAAUCCGUCCAAGUUUAAGAUUAUUUUGAAUACUAUUGGGAUAGUUUGAUAAUGUCUGUGAAAGAAAAAUAAUGUCUUUUUUUUUUUUAAAUGAGUAUGACUUAUGUACAUGUAUAAACUUAAUUUUUUUAGGCUCAGGACUUUUUGUAAGGCAUGAAACUGCUGUUAAGAUGAAUAUCAAAUAUUAUGAAAAUAUAUCAGUGAACACAUUUUUCCCCAAUAAUAUAUGUGUUACAAUAUUUAGCAGUCUACAACACAAAAAAUAAAGAACACAAUAAACCAUAAUUUGCAUAUUCUUGU